AUGAUCCAGGGGCACACCUCCCACUACCGAACCGUGUCUGCAGUGGCUGCUGUUGAUACGACUGUCCUCAGAUUACCAGCUCAGGCUUUCAAGGUGGUACUCGAGCAAUAUCCAGAGUCUUUGGUGCGGGUGAUCCAGAUCAUCAUGAUCCGACUGCAGCGAGUCACCUUCAUGGCACUGCACAACUACCUGGGACUCAGUCAGGAACUCAUCAACCACGCCAGUCCUGUUCAUAACAAAUGCAAAUCAGCUAACAUCAAAUCGGACAGUUUUGCGACGUCCAUCUUUGAUCACCCGUCAGCACUCUCCACAGUUGCUUCGUCUACUGCAGACACAAAUCCGCUUGCCUCUGCGACAUCAACAACAGCAGUAGCAACAUCUGAAGCCAAGUCUUCUGCGACCUUUCCGAGCAAGAUAUCCUCAAUCAAUGGAGAAUCAGGCAGCCAGUUGGAAGCUUCAGACUUUGUAGCUGCGUGCAGCAGAGCCAGAGUACAUCCAUCCGAUCUCAUCGACACUAAUAAGAACAACUGCCACCCACUUGCCAAUUAUCACAACUCGUCAUUGGAUGGCUUAUCGUCCAAUCAGAUUUUAGAUAUUGCCAUGCAAGACUUGGCAAAACUUCUUGGAUUAACAGACCCAACAAUUUUGAAGGAUAAGUGCUUGUUGAGACAUGUUCGUGCCAACACGAUGCUCGUCAAACAGGGCGAUCAAGAAUGCAGUAUCUACUUCAUGGUCAGUGGCUUGGUUCAAGUUCUCCAGCAAAUUGUUGGCAAGGAGUCUGAAAACAGAACGAUGUACAUAGUGGAGCCUGGUGAGUUGGUCGGAGCACUGGCGGUUUUGACUGGGGAGCCUUCAUUCUUCUCCAUGAAAGCCAUCUCUGAUGUCAUCUUUGUUCACAUUGCCAAGCAGGACUUCUAUCUGUUGAUGAAGAUCCAACCAAGCAUAGUUCUGAAUGCUGGCAGGACAGUCAUCAAGAGAAUGUCACAUUUUGUUCGACAGAUUGAUUUUGCUCUCGACUGGGUGCUUAUUGAGGCUGGCAGGGCUCUCUACAGGCAGGGAGAGAAGUCGGACUGCGUGUACAUCAUCCUGAAUGGUCGCAUUCGAUCGGUCAUCCAGUUGGCUUCCGGCAAGAAGGAACUGGUGGGUGAGUACGGCAGGGGUGAGUUGGUCGGCCUGGUUGAGGUGCUCACACAGACCGACAGAUCUACCACCCUCAUGGCUGUCAGAGACACAGAACUAGCUCAGAUCCCUGAUGAAAUGUUGAACCUCAUCAAAAAAAAGCACCCACAAGUCGUUACCAGAUUGAUCCACCUACUUGGACAGCGAAUACUUGGGUCGCUUGGAAACCAAACUGGAGUAUAUUCUACACUUAUGGAGCAAGUAGACAUAGACACGAAGUGCACAGCCGGAAACCUAGCAACGGUUGCCGUAGUCGCAGUGAAUGAAAAAGUUCCCAUUCAGUGCUUCACGUUGGAGUUGCAGAAUUCUUUGAAUGCAAUCGGUCCCACGUUGAGGCUGAACAGUGAAAUUGUGCAGAACAAGCUGGGCAAAACGGCUUUUGAUGCGAUAAAUGAGUAUCGACUGUCCAGUUGGCUGGGACAACAGGAGGACUUUCACAGGAUGGUGCUGUACGAAUGCGACUUCUACAUGUCGCCAUGGACACAAAGAUGCGUCAGGCAGUCUGACUGCAUUCUCAUCGUUGCUGUGGCAGAACAUGAUUCAUCGGUUGCCAAGUUUGAAAAGCAAUUGGAAAUGAUGUCGGUAAGAGCUCAGAAGAAACUCAUCCUCCUGCACAAGAUGGACACGCCAUGUCCGAAGAACACACUGGACUGGUUGAAUGUUAGGAGCUGGUGUUCUGGUCAUUACCACAUCAGAUGUCCAAAGAGAGUCUUCAGUCGCAAAUCCACCAUCAAAAUGAUGGAAACUUAUAGGGACCUAUCAAGUCAGACCCCUGAUAGACUGACAGACUUCAGUCGACUGGCUAGACUUUUAACAGGGACGAGCAUCGGGGUUGUGCUUGGAGGCGGUGGAGCCAGUUGUUGCACUGACUUUGAUGCAUAUUAG